UCCCAGGACGAUAAUUUGGAUAAAACGGUUUGGAACCAGCUACGCCGUCUUGCUGCACAAGCGAAGCCGAGAAGACAAGGGCAACGGCGAUGAGCCUGACACUGCUGCAGGGCUACUCGUCGGAUGAACAAGAGGGUGACCUAACGACUUCUCCUGCUUCUUCUUCUUCACUCGGAGACGACGGAGUCGAGCGAGAAGAGGACCACGAAGGAGAGGGCGACAGCGGUGAAGAAACCCUAAGGGAACGUCCCAAGCGGGGGAAGGUGAAGAAGAGGUCACUCGACGAAGCGCUCAAUCCGCCCGCCGAUUCCUUCCUCCCUUCUGCGCUAGAUGCAUUCAACGAGAUCACGGGACCUCCGGAGUUCCUUAAUAAUUGUGCGGCUGCGCCCGAGGAGACUCGCGAGGCGCUUGGAGUGCUCGAUCGGAAGGCUAGGAGUAGGUCAGGGAGAGACAAAAAGGAUCUGCCUGCUGGUGCUGUUGUUGAGGCCAAAGCUCAGCUAGUGGGGAUUCGUGACCGAGUAAGAAAUGAUAUAGAAGGAAGUUUUCCCUCAUCAACUCCUGGGAUAGUUCCUGCUAACAAGAGAAUAGUUUCUGCAACAAAUCCUGAUCCGAAAGAUGCUGCAGAAUUGUUAAGGGUAUGUUUACAGUGUGGAGUUCCUAAAACAUACUCUCACGCUCGUGGUAUGGUGUGUCCGCUGUGCGGAGAUCGUGCUCCUGCCGAGCAUACAAAUGAGUCAGACAAAAAGAAGGGAUCAGUCGUUAAGGACAAGGAGAAGAUGAAGAGGAUGAAGGGGCAAUCAAGCCACGCUACUUGGAAGAGCGAGACAGAGAUGCAACUGAGGCAGCAAUAUGAUUAGAGGAUGAUAGGUAAUAGCUGUUAGAUUUGUAACCGCUUGCUUUCCUGCAUCCCAAUGCAGCUCAUUGGACCCUGCAUCGCAAUGCAGAGUUUGAUCUUUACUCAGGUGUAGCUAUUACUGGCUCUACUACAAAAAUUAAACAUGUUAAAGAGUGAAUUCGUUAAACUAGGGUUAUUUGUUGCUAA